AUGGCUGCGGCACCUUGGCUUUCCGUGGCCUUCGUGGCCUGUCUUAUGGCUGCCUCCGCGGCCGCCAACGGCUUCAGCACCCAGUACAGGGGCCACACGCAGCACCCCAGCAUUCCGGAGCACUGCCUCUACGAGGAGCUGGACGUGGCUGUUCCACUCCAUGGCCACCUGCUGCCCACCGGACGGGAUGACUACUGCAUCAGGCUGGAGUGCACCGACGACUACCUGCUCCUGAUCCGACACUGCGACAAGCCGCCGUACCUGCGACCCGGCUGCCGGCUCUCCGCCAGCGACUACGACCUCGAGUAUCCCGCCUGCUGCCCCCAACUCGAGUGCUCCGGCGGUUUCUAGAUGUGGGGCUACAGUGGUCUUCGAAAAGGUAGAUCUGUUGGGGAGGAGAAGGUGAAAUGUUAGUAGAAAUAUUUUAAAAUGUAAAUAAAAUCCCAUCAACAAAUAGAA